CAAGAGUGUGCAAAGCUGUCAUCGAGGCAAGGGGUGGCUAUUUUGAAGAAUCUCAAAUAUAACAUAUAUUUUGAUUUGUUUAACACUUUUUUGGUUACUGCAUGAUUCCAUUUGUAUUAUUUCAUAGUUUUGAUGUCUUUUCUAGAAAAUAGUAAAAAUAAAGAAAAACCUUUGAGUCGGUGUACAAGGUUUUGACUGGUACUGUAUGUCCCAGAUGGACCACUGCAUCAAGCAUAUGUUCAUAGGCUUAUAGGGUACACUGUCGAGGGGUCCAAUUACCAGGCACUAAGUAAAACAAAUUGUAACUGUCUUAACUGUCUAUGAGUAGGCUAAGCGUGUGUGAUGGUGUGGGAAAGAUCUGACUGGAUGUUCUUGUGAGAGAGAGACAGUAUUAAUCAUGGCUGUCACCCCCUCUCCAAUUUCAGCACAGAGGCUAAAGACCUUAAGUGCUUUCUCCGCCAAGGGGAAUACAGGCUACAACCUGAACCUGCCUUGAUUUUCUCUUGCUCCCUCACUGGGUGGGUGCUCGUUACAGCUGUUUCGCAGCCAGCGAAGAGAUUUCCGUAGCAACGUACAUUACUCUCUUAAAUACUGAAAAUCAGGCUCACAUGCAAGUAUUUUCCCGAUGUUAUCGCAACCAUUAUUCUUUAGGCUCUCAUAAACACUUCUAAGAUGUGAAUUGCUCCACCUGUCAUUAAUAAGGAUAUUUUUUUGCAAACACAGCUGUUCUUUGUGAGUGGAUCUUUUGACAAUUGUUUGAUAUUUUGAGUUGACCUAAAAAUGUCCCCUACCGGUUAUAAAUAAAACUCGUCAGUGUCCCCCCUCCUUUCCCCUCCCCAUCUGUGACACCUGUUCAGCCUAAUCAUUGUGAAACCACCAAGUCAGACUGAAAAGUCUACUAAUUUACAUGCAAAUAAAGUAAAAAAAACCCAAAGCGUUUAGCAUCAACCCAGACAACUUUCCACUUUGCCUCAGAGAGAGGGACUGUGUACACUGGCCAUUUUGAAACUUGGUAGGCGGGCCAGCGACUGGUGACGGUCGUGGGCAUUUGUCUGACAGCCCCUCCAGAGCCGAACCCCUGCCCGUCACAGCCACCCACUGCCCUCCGCCCCCAUUGCUGGUCCCCUGCUGACGUUGGCUGUUCUGUUUACAUUUAUGGAGAUCAGCUUAUUCCAUUCUUAAUACCACUUCCAGUAGGGAGAAGUGCAGAGGUGUCAAACUGUGGGUGAGCGACAUAGGGGCAUAGGGACAAUCUCACAGAUUACAGUGACUGUUACUAGCUGUAUCUUUCUGUUUUACUCUUCAUGGAUUUGAAUUUUGUUCACUUAUUUUUCAUCGAGAAAUUGGCAUUCCGUUCCCAUUUCCGUCAUUAGAUCAGCUUGUCUGUACACUUGAAGAUGAGCACAGAGGGAUAAGGCUGGCUACAUUUUCCCAAAAAGUUUCCCUGUCUGUCUUACGUGACCCUUUUUCUGUUUCGAUUGGGUGUCCUAACAUGAUUCUAUCAUGAGUUCCAAGAUAGUGAACUAUAACUCAACCUCAAGAAAGCCAAGCACGAUGGAUAGCGUAAUCGAUUGCAAUGGUGCCGGCUUGGACCUCAUUCAGAAUCGCAUUGAGUCUCUGAACAGUAAGAUGGACAAACUCAUCAACAUCCAGGAGAAGGUCCUCAACCGGCUGGACGGAAUGUCCCAGGACAUUGACAGUAUAGAGAGGGACAUGGAAACAUUGAAGUUGGAUAAGGAAGAGAUCCAUAUCCCUGCCAGAGCCCGAACUCUACCACCGGCCCUGGCUCAAACCCAGGGCACGGGCAUGGGGGGCGAGGUGAGAGAGAUGUGUCAGGAGAUAAGCUCCAUCAUGACAGUGCUGGACCAGCGCUCGGAGAAGCAGGCUGAGAAGCUGGACGGGAUGGAAAAGCUGGUCCUCAGCAUCCAUCAGGUCAUCAGAUUCAUUGGGGAGACGAUGAAGAGCCCCCGGGUUAUGGAGAUGAUGUUUAUGGGUCCGGCAGCACGCAAGGCCUCCAAGUCAAAAGACCUCAAGAUGAAAACUACCUCUACUAAAGCCACUAAAGGUACUCAAGGGAUGAUAAACCCUGCAUGUGAACGCAAACCCAGCACCCCGGAGACCACUCACAGUAACAAGACAACAAAGCUCCACGGACCAAAGAAUUUCCUUGCAAACAGCAAACCCCCCGGAAACUUUCCAAAAGAUCACAAGAAGAAGGAUGGGAAGGAGAAGUCGGGUCUGAAAGCACAGAAAAAGAAGAAGCCCCCAGACACAGCAGAUACCAUCUCCCUUAGGAAGCAGGUGUUGCUACUAGAGGAGGUUCAGAAGCUCAACAGGGAGAAUGCAGAGAGAUCAUCAUCAUCAGGUCACAAGCAGCAGCAGCACCUCACCCCUGAUGGCUUCCUGGACCUGGAGGCUGGAUCUGGAGGGGCCUCAGAGGGUUCUCUCAGCCCAAACCUGCUGGACUUUAUCCUCGAGGGCCCCAAGGCCCCUGUGACUGAAGAGGAGUCAUUGUCUGAGGAGGAGGCUGCAGGAGAUGGACUAAAAGUGGAAGAGAGGAAGGAGGAGGAGGUUGUAAAAAAGGAGGAGAAGGAAGACCACCUUAAUGAAUCUAAGGAAGAGGAGAAAAAGGAGGAGCUGUUGAAAACCACAGAGAAGCCUGAGGAGGAUAGAAGACUAGAGGAAAAAGAGGGGGAGAAGGAGAAAGAGGGGGACACUACACUCUCUAAAGGCCCAUCAGAAGCUGUUGAUAUGUCAGUAAAGGAUAUCCCUUCUCUCCCAACCUCCCCUGAAGCUCCAGGAGACACCAACUCCAUUCCCGAGAACUGUGAAGACCACAACAAAAGUGCUUCCUCUCUGUCUCUGGAGGCAGCAAAACAGGACCAGAUGGAGGAGGGCGGCACCAGCAGUAAGCGUCGGGUGAUGGAGGAAGACCUGGGAGUAGAGGACCACAAGAAGAGUCGGGUAGAGGAAGGAGAGGAGGAGGAGAGGGAGGGGGAGAGGAAGGAGGAGGAAGAAGCAGAGGGACCAGAGGAUGAGGGAAGGAGCGUCUUCAAGGCAUACGGGGUGGAUAUCCGUGUGGAGCUGAAGAAGAGGCUGGGGAAAGAUCAGGCCACAGAAGUCAAGCAGUCUACUGGGGAACCGUUCUUCAUUGACAAAAGUCCUCCUCCACCAGCUCCAUUCAACCAUCGGAUAGUGUCGGCCAAACCCAACCAGAUCAACAACUUCUACACCAUCAACAGAGUUGAGAUUCUAGGAGGGGGUCGUUUUGGCCAGGUGCACAAAUGCAUGGAAAACUCCUCAGGUCUCACCCUAGCUUCCAAAAUCAUCAAAGCCCGGAGUCCGAAAGAAAAGGAGAUGGUCAAGAAUGAGAUCACGGUCAUGAACCAGUUGGACCAUGCCAACCUGAUCCAGCUCUACGCCGCCUACGAGUCCAGGAAUGACAUCAUCCUGGUGCUGGAAUAUGUGGAUGGUGGGGAGCUCUUUGACCGGAUCAUCGACGAGAACUACACUCUGAUGGAGCUGGACACGGUCAUGUUCAUCAGGCAGAUCUGUGAGGGCCUGCAGCACAUGCACAAGAUGUACAUCCUCCAUCUGGACCUCAAGCCGGAGAAUAUUCUAUGUGUGAGCAGAGUCACAAAUAAAAUCAAGAUCAUUGACUUUGGACUUGCCAGAAAAUACAAGCCCAGAGAGAAGUUGCGAGUGAAUUUCGGCACCCCAGAGUUCCUGGCCCCAGAAGUUGUCAACUAUGACUUUGUGUCAUUCAACACCGACAUGUGGAGUCUGGGAGUCAUUACAUAUAUGCUUCUCAGCGGUCUGUGUCCUUUCCUGGGUGACAAUAACCCUGAGACUCUGAACAACAUCCUUGCCUGCCAGUGGAACUUUGACGAGGAAGAAUUUACAGACAUCUCAGAGGAAGCCAAAGACUUCAUCUCUAAACUACUCAUCGUCAAUAAAAGUUGGAGGAUAGGUGCCUCUGAAGCAUUGAGGCAUCCAUGGCUCUCUGAUCCAGUCCUCCAUCACCGACUUCAUGAAAAGAAGAACAUGUGUAACCGCUCACGGCGUUCUUCAUGCAUACCCAUUACAGAUAGUUGAGCAUGAUGACUAGACGGCGCCAGCUGUGGCCACCUGGACCAAGCCUGCUGUACACCUGCAUAUUUACCAACGCUUACCUGUCUGUAGAACUACAGCUGUAGAAUGACUGGAGCCUACCUGUCUGUACACCUAUAGAACUACAACCUGUAAAACUACAACCUGUAGAAUUACUGGAGCUUACCUGUCUGUACACCUAUAGAACUACAACCUGUAAAACUACAACCUGUAGAAUUACUGGAGCUUACCUGUCUGUACACCUAUAGAACUACAACCUGUAGAAUGACUGGAGCUUACCUGUCUGUACACCUAUAGAACUACAACCUGUAAAACUACAACCUGUAGAAUUACUGGAGCUUACCUGUCUGUACACCUAUAGAACUACAACCUGUAAAACUACAACCUGUAGAAUUACUGGAGCUUACCUGUCUGUACACCUAUAGAACUACAACCAGUAAAACUACAACCUGUAAAAUUACUGGAGCUUACCUGUCUGUACACCUAUAGAACUACAACCUGUAAAACUACAACCUGUAAAAUUACUGGAGCUUACCUGUCUGUACACCUAUAGAACUACCGUAGCUGUGUUAUGAAUGGACGAUGCAUGUUACCUGAACUGUUAGCUCACUAGAUAUGCUGUUUUGUUGUUUUUAGCACGUAUGUCCAAGGAUAGGUUAAAAAUUAGACAAAAAGAAGGAAUUGGUUUUAGUGGAAACAUUAACUGACAGUCGUACUGUACUUUUUUGAAUGGGUUGUCAUGUACUGUAAAAGUGCUAUUUCAGUGUGAUGCCAAAGCUUAGAAGACUGGAGGCUGUAGUGGAAGAUAGUAUACUAGGUACAGCAUGUGAAUUUCAUCUGCAAUGCAUGUAUGACAUAACACCAAACUCUAACCUAGUAUCUUGUAAAUACUUUGGGGGUAUGAUUUUGUCAGACAAACUAGAUUCCAGAUAAAACUAUGUUUACUUUUAGCCAAAGUUUGUUUGUUUCCCUGUCGUACAGUUUUACUGUUCUCUUCCCUCAUGUGUGAAUCCAUCUUGAUUUGCUGUACUUCCAUAUCAGUUAUCCACAUUGCAUCUCAAUGUUUAUGCUGGGAUGCUGCUCUCCAUUUCAUUUCAUCUUCUGCUAACGUGAAAGAGUUCCAUGUUGAGUACUGUACCCCACUUUUCCUCUGACUGUGUGUAUUUAUCAAACCAAAGGAUUUUUCCGUUGAACUUGACUGAUAGAUAGACAAAUGUCACGUGUUUGUUAUUUGUUUUGUGCUCUCUUGAUAUUGGGUGUAAAUAGAUCAAAUAUGUAGAUGUUUGCUAAAACCUUUAAUGCAGACCUGGAGUACUUAGUAUUGAGUCUGGGAAAGCAUUGAUAUACUGUUUUCAUUUUGUUGAAAUCAUUCGAUCCAUUAUAGAAUUAUAGAAUAUCAAAUCCUGUUGAUAUUCUAUAUUGUAUUUUGGAAAAAUAUGUACUUUGCGCAGGAAUAUUUAUUACAAGAUGAUUGGCCCCCCAGAUUUAGGGUCUGCAUCUAAGGGUUAAGUUUCAGAGAUGACUCAUUUUGAUUUCACACAAACGGAACAAAAAAGGCCGAAAUUCAAGCAAGGUUAUUAAUACAUUUAAAUCUAAAAUAAUCGGACAAUGUUUGGGACGUUUUAUCCAUGUUCUAGUAUAUUUGUAAAUCUACAGUAUGAAAAGGGAAUGGAUGGAAUGAAUGGAUGGAUGGAUAUUGUCUGGUCAGUUUUCAUAAUCUCUAGCACUUUAUAUUGUUAUUUGUUUAAAUCAGAUGAAUUUAUCAAAACUAAUCCUAGCACUUAAGAGAAAAUACCAUGUUAGAAGUUAUGUUUUUUUGCUUGUAGUCAUACCCUGCAUUAUUUCAUAAGAUUUUGUUAAUGUGUGUGU